AUGGUCCUCCACUCUCACAACUGCAAUUUCAGCACCAAAGACAGUUCCCCCUGCAGCACCAACUCCACUGAGCCCCACAACCCGGACGGGCUGAGCCGGACCGGCCACACGGCGGUGGCGGUGUGCCUCGGCUUCAUCUUGGUGGCAGGGAUCCUCAACAACUUUCUGACGCUGCUUGUCUUCGCGAAGUUUCGCUCCCUCUGGACGCCCAUCAACCUGAUCCUGCUGAACAUCAGCCUGAGCGACAUCCUCGUGUGCGUCCUCGGCACUCCGUUCAGCUUCGCAGCGAGCGUGCGUGGCAGGUGGCUCAUCGGGGAGUCCGGCUGUAAGUGGUACGCCUUCGCCAAUUCCCUCUUUGGUAUCGUGUCCCUGGUGUCCCUUUCGGUUCUCUCUUAUGAGCGCUACAUCACAGUGCUGCACUCCUCCCAAGCUGACCUCUCAAACUUCCGAAAGGCCUGGUUUUGCGUUGGAGGCUCCUGGCUUUAUUCACUCCUCUGGACAUUGCCGCCCUUCCUGGGAUGGAGCAGCUAUGGACCAGAGGGCCCAGGAACCACUUGCUCCAUUCAGUGGCACCUGCGCUCACCCACCAGUGUCUCGUAUGUGUUGUGUCUCUUCAUCUUCUGCCUGGUGUUACCUCUAGUGCUCAUGGUCUAUUCCUAUGGAAGAAUCCUGGUGGCCCUCAGAAGGGUGGGCAAGAUCAACCUGCUGGCGGCUCAGCGCAGAGAGCAGCGCAUUUUGGUCAUGGUGUUUUCCAUGGUGUCCUGCUACAUACUGUGCUGGAUGCCCUAUGGCAUCGUGGCGCUGAUGGCCACCUUUGGUAGGAAAGGACUAGUCACUCCAUUAACUAGUGUCAUCCCUUCCAUCCUGGCCAAGUUCAGCACGGUUGUUAACCCAGUUAUCUAUGUCUUCUUCAACAGCCAGUUUUACAGAUGCUUAGUCGCCUUUGUGAGGUGCAGCGGAGAUCCAGAGGAACACCCAACUCCAAGAACACAGCUGUCAGAUGUUGUCCGUGUUCAGAAACAAAACUCUGUCAGCUCUUCUUCUCCUCGGCUCCUCAGUGACCCCACAGACCGUAUGCUGUGCAACCACCAUCCUGACCGACAUGUUUUGUUUGUCCACUACACCCCAUAA